AUGUUAGAAAUUGGAGCAUUAAAACAAGGCAAGAAAACCCAUUUCUUAUCUGGAGUUAGACCUGAUAUUAGAGAUAAAAUUUAUAGAAUUGGUCAAACAAAACCCAUUAACAAUAUUAUUGAUAGUUUGGCAGAACUUGAAUUACGUCAUGGAAUAUUACAAAAGGCACCAUCUCAACCUUGCCAUGCACCUAUUGCUCCUGCUAUUCUAGAU